CAUAGACAUUCGACUUCAACAAGCCGACGAUUGUGUGAGCUUGAAACCGGGGGUUCACACCGCCUAACCCACAUCACAUGCAACGCUUUGCAUAGCAGUGCUUGAAUCCACAAAACAAGCGAGUUCGCAGGCGACAUACGCCAUUCGUCUAUCGCCCGACGGAAUCCGUUCGGACAAACCGGUCAAGAAUUUCAUCCAUCGGUAUAUCGAACCACAAUCCCAAUGGCUCUUGCAUCGUCAUCUUCGCCCAGUGGAGCCGUCUCCAGGCGACAGUCUCUCUCCAUCGGCUGCGCUCCAAAGAAACAACUCAAUAACAUCGAGGUCCUCAGUCUGAUGCGCCAGCAACGAGAACACCCGAGCCCACUGAAGGAAUGGUCCCCCGUCCACCCAGGCAUCCAGCUUAGGGUAAACCUGCUCAACAAACUCAUCUCGGACCUCGAGUGUACCCAUCUUCGCCUCCAGCAAGAGGCUCAAAAAACCCAACAAGCCUCCCAAAUAGUCCAAGACUUCGCCGCAUGGCCUUCGAUAGCACCCGAGUAUGCCGCCAUCAAGGCAGCCAACCCGUGGCUAGCAAAACAAGCCGCCAAGUAUGCGCGACCGGUCAUCGAGAAGGAGUAUACCCAGGCGAUUGCCUUCUUGCAGGCUCGGCAGAGGAGGGAACAAUUGCCAGAAGGAGAGAAGCUCAAGAGGAUAACAUCCGGGGAGGAGAGGACACCAAGUCCGGCAUCGAGUCCCGAGGAAUACCGCCAGCUUAGGAAAAAGGCGAGUAGUCAGGACCUGCGAGCCAGUCUGAUCACCCACCAAGGCUCGCCUGCUCGCCGUAGGCCAAGGACGCCCCCAGAGAAGGAACGAAGUGGAAGACCAAAGACGCCAGAAAGACCCACCCCUAAUAUUACGCAACGACCGAAGAAGACCCCGAGCCCGCGACAAAGACCGCCAGUCAACGAGAUCAAGAAACUGCGUCUCUCACCACACGGCCCGAGCAAGCCUUCGCCUUCCGGAACCCACAGUACUCCAUCCGGCUUGUCGCCCAGUCCCAUGUUGAACCAGCUCUCAAAACCGAAUGCCUCGCCGUUGGCCUGCGUAGAGUCGAUGGGCAUCGUCCUCACUCCCGAACAAAGACUCGAAUUCUCCCAGCGUGCCGAGCAGCUGGAAGCCAUGGCAUAUCUCGAGCUGCGCUGGCAUAGGUUGCACCACGCAAUGACAGAAAUACAGGGAUUCUGCGUCCGGGGGCUGGCGGAGAGGGAAGGUGAACGGAUAGCCAAGAUGAUGUAUCCAAUACGGAGACGAAGGCCGAGCGCGGGUGGUUCUAGACUUUCUGCGCUGCGAGGGUUACUGGCGGGCUUGGAUGAGGACGACGACGUGACGCUCUUCGGUAGCGAUGAUGACGACUUCGACGACGAUGACGAGGACGAAAAUGGACUGAGCCACUACGAAGACGAGUGGGAGGCCGAACUGGAAGAUUCGGACUUGGACGACGAGUGCGACUCGGGAGAAAACGAAGACUCGGAUGAGGACAACUUUCCCGGCUCGGCAGUUGCUUACAAUCGCAAGUACGGCAAUCGCGGUGCCGUUAACACCAGCAACGCCCCGAGUCUCUUUGCCCGCGCCGGAGCGCAAAGUAGGCUGUCCAUGUCCGAGGACAAUGAACAGCAGCAGCAUCUUCCUCUCGAUCCUCACCACCCGCCCCUGUCGGACACGCCUCUCGUCAUUUCCAGCAUCGAACGCGACACUGCCCUCCCAAGCAUCGAACCCGAAACCGAGGAGCGCAUCGCCCUAACUCCCCCCGCCACACCAAAACCUGCCCCGCGAAAAAUCAACCUCAACCCGCGCAACGUGACCCUGCCACCUUCCAACCCCCGCGCCUCGACACUGAACCUCAAUCUCGGCCUUGCCGGCGGCACCCUAAAAAACAAACCGAACCCGGCACUAGCAAAAGAGAUCGAUACCCUCUUGCCCUGCGAAAAAGAGAACUUGCCGAGCACCCCGCUGAAGACGCUGAAUAUCAACCGGAGUAACGCACGGCCGCUUGGUGGGACGGGUUUACUCACGCCGGCGUCGGGGGCAAGCAACGGUGGGAAGAAAGUGGGUAUUGAUUUGGGAAUUAAGAGUAGGCCUGUGUUGGGGAAGUCGGGGGUGCCACCAGUGGAGGUUGGUGGAGGGAAGGGAGAUGCGGGAGGGAAAGAGGAGGCGGCAAAGGAGAAUUUCCCGCCUGCUGGGAGUGGUGGUGCGGGAGCACCUGGAGGUAGACCUGGGCUAUUGAGGCCGGGAUUGGGGAGGAGGUUUUCUUAUCAUGCGGGUGGUGGAAGGGUUUUAGGCUAGGUCUGCUCCCAUGGAAGAGCUUUUCUUCCCGCAUGAAGGGGUGAAGGAUAUAAGAGAAGGAAGUGUUGUUGAU